CAGGUAAGUACUUCAUCGACCAUUGCUCCCAAGAAACAUAAUAUUGAAUUGGCUUAUAAUAAUAUGUUUAAUAAGUGUAUCUCAAAAUAGAAAAUGUACCUAUAUGCGAAAUUUAUAUUUUUAGCAACAAAAUGCCGAACUGCUACUAAAAAUAUCUAAUCGUUCAGCCAAUAAAGCAUUCAACGGUCACGAUUUAACCAUAUUAGAUAUGUGUACACCAGGUUAUCGAGUACUUAAAAUUAAUUGGAUUCGAUAUCGUACAAUACAGUAAUCACAGUUCGCCAAAUUCAUAUAUCAAUAGUUUUGAUUAUUGAACGCUUCGGUCGAAAAAUAAAAAAUGAAAAAGAAAACCAAUUCAUGUGAAUCUUUUCAUUCUAAGUUUGAUUCUCAAUUUUAUUCACCACGCUCAAAUAUUUUACAAUUUCCUUGAUAUAUUAAAUGGUGUUCAAACUGAUAACGAAAAUAUUAUAAGAAGUUGGUGUAAUAUCCAGAUUUCAAUAUAUACAUUAUACAAGCACUAGCUAACAAACUUAAGCCUACAAAAUAAUAUUGUUAAUAUUUUUAAUUGUUUAUUAUAUACUUUAUAUAUUUAUAACUAUUUUGGCUUCGUAAAAAUUCUGGUACAAUGUAGGUUCAUCAUAAGCUGUACGGGGUAAAAACAUUUCGGAGGACAUUUUGACCAGUUUUGUAAAAGAAUUUUCCGAACUGGUCAUCUCUUGGGAAAUUUCAAUCCGUUUUGUGUCCUACGUAACACAUUAUUUAUUGUUAUAAUAACGUCACACGCGUAUUCCGAUCUGGCGAAUCGACGACAGUAUUGUGUUGAUGCGUAGUCGGGUCAGCGGCGUUUGCAGUGUCCGCGAACAUACAAUUUUCUUCGGUCCGAUAAACCCGCCUGCAAUCGAACCGGAAACUCGUUUACCCGAAUGCGUCGUAGGUACCAAUCGGAAAUAUCCGGUGCGCUGCGGGUCGGACGGUCACGUAUAGUGAUCAACGAAUUGUCAAUUCCGUUUUCGCGCGGAAGAUUAUGGGACAGUGAACGCGUUUAAAAACGGCCGACCGGAGUCACGGUGACCGUACACGGACCAUGGACGGGCUACGAGGAACAACGGUGUUGUCGUUGAUGGCGGUCGCGGCGAUGACGACAACAACGACAACAGCUUCGGCCGGCCGACCGUAUGCGGCGGAAUGGUUCCAGGCCACGGUGAACAGUUGCCGGUCGGCCGGAUGGCCAAACUGCGUGGCCCAAAACGUGGACAGGACGUUCAAACUGUUGGAAGACGCCGACGACUUGCGGAUAGCCGGAGGCGUGCGUUUGGUCCGGACAGCCGCCAGAACGACCCAUCCAACGUAAGUAUUAUCAAUGAAAAUUUGUUUUAUACGCGGGACCCGAAUUGACCGGUGUUUUCAAUACAAUAAUAUUAUGUGGUUCUUAUCCGCGGUUAUAUCAUUGGUCCCGGGUACCAAGAAGGGGUAAUGUCAAUUUUUUUAUUUUUUUUUAUAAUUUUUUUCUACGUAAUUUAUUCCCCUUUACUUUUCGUCUUAAAUUGCGUACGCGUAGGUAUACAGUAGGUACGAUAUAUACAGUCCCUUAUAGCACUGAGAUUCCUGUCGGAUAGUUAAUAACUGUUCUAUGUGGGACUCUUUUUGAGUUUUACUUCUUUGAACAUACCCACACAAAAUCCCUGAAAAAUUCCUGACAAAAUUCCCGAAAUAAUAUAAUUCCCACUACUAUCCCAUUACUGUCGUAUUCUACUUCAGGCAGUGACAGGAUACCUUAAGAUCACCAUUUUAGAACACCCAAACAGGUAUCCUUUCGGUGUGCAUUCGACGACUGACAGGACUCCUCGUGGAUUCCCUCAUUGGGGACUCCUGCAGGAGCCCUCUGUAUCUCCUAAUGCCAUAAGAGGUAAUGCCCCGUCUACCUCCUAACCACCUAACUCUUUUUAUCUUCUAACAUUGGUUUUUAACUGUUUAGUUUUUAUUAAUUUUAUUUUGAAAAUCUAUAUGAAAGCGCGUGUACUUUUGUGUUAGACUGUGAUAUUUUUAUUAUCGAUUUGUUUUAUUAUUUAUUUACUGUUUAUAUUUUAAGACUGCAUUGUGGUUGAUUGAUACGAGAUUAAAAAUAUUGAACUAUUCGCUACUAUUAUAUUAUACAGCGUCAUGUCAUUCGUAAUCGAUAUGACAAAAUUUAAUUGAUUAAUAUAAAACGGCCAAGUUUUUACAAUAAUAUGUACCGAUCCGCGGUUCGUUACUUUACGGACGUAUAAUUUGUGAAACAUGUAAUACAUAAUGACACUUGAUUUUUAAAUUUCAUACCUUUAGAAAGUGUUAUUUACCGUGUAAAAACCCACAAAUUCGGGAGAGUAAAAUAAAUGGUCCCCAUUCGUUUUCUCUGACGUUUUCAUUUUACGUUACGCUUAAAACACGUUAAGUUCAUUAAGUGGAUUUGUUUUAUGGAAAUUUAUUUUAUUUUUUUCAGCUUCCAAAACGAAUAUCUACCUACAAAUAAUAAUGUUUUUAAAACAAAUAUACUUUUUUUUACGAUGAAAAUAUCAAACGCAUAUUAUUAUAUUAUUUAUAAUCAACUAACGCUUUGAUCAUUUGAGUUUUUCAUAUUUAAAAAAUAAAUAUAAUUCAAUAGGUUUUUAAAUAACACAAUUGUAAGGUUUAUCGUUAUCUGAAAUUUAUAUCGAAUAAAAUUUAUUUUUAAAACUACCCCGAUAAGUAAAUUAUUAUUUCCGUGAAAAGAAAUAAUACGGAUUUAUUCCAAGCGUGGGAAAAAUUACAGUACUAAAAUAUAUUUUAAUAAAUAAAUGAUAAAAAGUCUCGCUUUCGAAUAAAUAAGAUAUAAUCAAAUAUUACUACCGUUCGAUGAAGUUUUAAUCAAAAGAACUCUUAUGUAAACUUAAUAAAUUCAAUUUACCUAACCAUGGAUACCAGAAAAGGUCCAAGUAACUCAAUACUGAAAUCAGAACCCACGGAUAAAAGUUACUCUUUGCAGCUAUAAAAUUACUGUCAUUGUAUACUUGAAUGGACAGUAAUAAAAGCAUUCUAUACGUAUACAUUAAAAUAAAAUCAAGCGAUAAGUCCACUGUAAACUCAUUUCUGCGGUUUGAACGUUUCUAUAUAUAUAUAAAUAUAAAAAAAAUAGAUAACAUAAUAAACACGAUUUUUUUUAUUGAAUGAUUUAUUUUUAAAAAUUAUAUUACUGCUAGUAAAUAAUAAAUUUAUAAUAGCGUUCUCUCAACUAGGUCCAGUUAUCUGUAACAGCUCCGCAGAUUGCCUAAAUUGCGUGACAGAUGUAAUGAGGAUGAGUCUUAAGGGGUUUAAGGUAGAUUGAAACUGAGACACUGAGUUAUAGAUGGUAAUUAACAUAAUGACAGUUUGAUGCGUGCCAAUCUGCAUUGUUCAAGACAUCAAAUAGACAAAUGUGUAUAAAUUAAAAGUUUAUCUUAAGUUAAUUAUAGGUUAUCUUAACCUAUAACCUAUAAUUUUCAGAGUGUUUGAACUCAUUAAUGUUUCGUAUAACACAUAAUAAAACAUAUAAAAUUGACUAUAAUCAUGUUAUCAAAUUCUGAUAAUUUUAUUUUCCAACAAAUUUCAUGUCGAUUAUUUCAUAUUCCUUAAAUGUUAUUAAAAUGUAUUGCACAAAACUGAUGUAUUUUAUACAUUUACAUAUUUUAAUGAUUUCAGAUUAGCUACCUACUCCCCACCACCUCGCCGAAUAGAUUAUUAAUUUCGAAAUAUCGAUUUAUCUUUUCCAAGUAAAAUUGUUAUGCAAAAUAUAAUUAUAUUUUCGUUUCAAUAAUAAAUAACAGUUAUUGGAGUAGGUCCAUUCUUAAAUAAAGUUAUUAUACAGUAUCCUAUAUUUUCUACGCUUUUCUUGAUAUUUAUAUUGCAUAUUAUUUAUUUAAUAUUAUAAUAUUAAAAAGGGAUUUCAUUAUUCGAUGAAAAAAUUUUAUUUUUUUUUUACUUCGCUGAGCGUCUUUGGGUAUUAUAAUUUUAAGCCGCUCGUUGGGGUGAAAAUCGUCGAUUCCGGAAUAUUGUACAUUGUUGAAACGAUUCAACUUAUCGUAAACUAAAUUAAAUUUAUUUUCCGACCUAUAUUGUCUUGUAAAUCAGAUUCAGCAACUCGGCCGUUUGCGAACAAUAGUGACGUAUAAUAAUAUUAUCAUAUGAAUUAUUCAUGGCAAAAAAAAACAAAAAUGUAAUUUAUUGAAUGAAUUAAAGUACAACGGGAUAUUUUUUUAAGGAAGUUUCCCAUGUCAAAAUGAACACCCAGUAUAGUAAUAGUUUUCUUAUUGUGUGUCCCCAUUCGAAAAUAAAUGGUAAAUUAUCGAACUACUAUAGACUUUAUAACAAAAUAUAAUUCCAAAGGAACUAACUCUCGCUGAUAGAAAAAGUGGUACCUGGACAAAGUCCAAAAGUUAAGGGGAAGGUUUCGUAUAUCUGCUCGUGCAGCUUUUUAAAGAAGAAAAAUAACAUACGGUAUAUAUAUAUACACUAACAAAGUACCCUGAAGCAAAACUACAAUACUUUAUAACUCUUACUUUACGGCAAUAGUAAUAUAGUGUCAAUAUAAUUUUGAAAAACAAACAUAGUACACUGAACAAAGUUGGUACAAAUAAUAAAGGUUCCACGUUCCAUUAUAUAAUUACUAUGAUAUACAUGAAUGAAAUCUACAAUUCGGCCAUGUAUGAUUUGUACUUAUAUAGUAUUUAUAUAAAGUAAAAGUAUAGCAGCCAUAAAGGUAAAACCUGUAAUAAUUAUUCAUUAGUAUAAAUUCGACUUUCUACAAAUAAUAUUACUUUAAUUAUUGUAAAUUAAUAAAAAAUAAAAAACAUAUGUUUAAAACAGACAAUUUCAUUUACAAUUAGAACAUUUCAUAAACAAACAAAAAUGACGUUUAAAAUAAUUAGUUUUAAAUGUCGAAUAAACUAUUCGACUUUUAAUACUUUUAUAAUCUUCACAGGUAAACACGGUAAAAUUAUAAAAUUUUAUAUUUUUCAAUUAUUUAUCGUUAAAAGGAACCUGAUAAGUCAUAUUUGGGGUCCAAUUUUAAAGAAAAAUAUAGUUUCAUGGUAUCUACGUUAUGACGUAAUCACGCCGUUUUAUGUUAAAAAAAGCCUUUCGUCGUACUGUUUUUGGUGCCUUUAUAAUAUUAUUAAAAAAAAAAUAUUAAUAAUUGUAAUAAUGUUUUUGAUAUAAAAGAGUAUCUACAUAACAAUAUAACAGUAAAAAAGUUUAUUUUUAUUCUUGAAAUUUGACAUUAACCCCUUUUUACAAAAUAUCCUACAAAAUAGGCUAAUGAUCAGCAGCCACAGCUAGAGACUAUACAAUAAUAUCGUCUCAUUGCGUCUUUAUUACACUGGAGAUAUUCGCGCGUGUGAAUUUCGGAAUUAUUUCGAUCAUGUGUACUAAUAAUAUUAAUAUCGUUUUUCUAUACAGGAAUCGUUCUUCCGACGUAAUCGAUAGAAUAGUUUCGUUUAUGGACAGUCAUUCCUUACAAAUUGAUCUUUGGACACCGGACAAUAACGUCACCGUCGAAGGUUUGCAAUAUCAUUUUAAUAGUACUUAACUAAUACAUGCAAAAUAUUCAAGUUACAGGCUCUGCUCUCGGUUAAUUAUUCACUAUAGCUAUCCUACGUACAUUUAAUACAUGUAACAAAAAUUUAAAUUACAAACAUACGCGAAUUUAAACGGCAAACUACUUAAAUCGGUGUGAAUGAAUUGCGUCCCAUAUCCUGAUAGGUACCCUCGAACAACUGCCGGGAAGAAAUAAUAGCGAUCACGUUUAAGAGAACGUAAUAUUACGAUUAAACUUAAAGAUACGAACAAUAUGUACGUGUUUGUACGUUGGUUAUUUCUCGGUAUUUUAAUUUUAACGCGAGACAAGAGCAUUUUUAAAUUGUGACGUUUCACGUAAGUAGAUAAAAUUAACAUCUCGCUUAAAAAUCAAAACAUCGAAAAACCCUACCUAAAAACACGGAAGUUAAAGUCAAUUAACUUUAUAAGUUUGAUAGAAUAUCGAUCCGCUCUAAUAUUAAAACCUGCAACAACGCGAAAUCGGUCUCGCUAAAGACAAAUUCGUAAUACGGAGACAGCACACGCGGAGGCGGGUAAUACGUCCUCUUAAAAUUACAGAAAAGGUUUUACAGACGGUCUGCGAACACAUAAAAUGAAUUCAAUGUACCAACGCACAAUUAUUUACAUAUAAUAUUUAUUCCAAACACGCAAACAAUACCUACGUAAUCUAUUUAAAAUUACCAUUAUUUUGUAUUUAUUAUAUAGCCGUUGUAGCGGGGUAGGUAUAUUUGGUACACCUCAGGGGCACAAAAUAUUAUCGUUUACAAGAUCCGCGUCACCCGUAAUGUACUUAUACCAUGCAAAUACGAUAUUAUAUUAUUAUACAAAGAAUACCGCAAGAAUUUACUGUACUUAAGUACUUAAAGGUAUUUAAAAGCAGCGGGUUGCAAUGUAAACACUGAACUCCGUUGAAACGGCGUAAACUGUACUGCCGAAACUAACACUAAAAACAAACGUAUAUAAUAUAUUGCACGACGGGCGGACCACUGUUGUGGGUGAAAAGUUGAGAAGGUAUACAGAGGGGAAACUGUUUAUCUUUACGCGACGAUUAAUCAUUGCUAACGAAAAACGAUUCUGAGUGGAUUUCGGUUACACAUGUACCUAUUGAAAGGCCGUAAUAUUUAUGAUUUGAAAACAAUACAUAUUGUACAUUUUCCCGUUUUUCCCAUUUAUUAUGAAAACCCCUGGAAAGUUAAAAAAUGGCCUCCUUAUAGUACCGCCCCAGUCAGAUUUCCUUUCAUAAACAGUGCUAUAGUUGAAAAUCAGAGCAAAUUUCUAGUAGAAUAAUUGUUUUUCACAGAAAAAAAAAGUAAAUAAUAAACAUCAUUGUAAAACCAAUACAUUUCUCGCUCCGCUCAGAAACUAAAAUUAAACAACCUCCGACUGUUUAUUAUGUAUAAUUUGUAUACAAGAUGGAUUAUAGGUAGGUGGAUACCGAAUACUAUGGCAACGAUUAUAAACCAUACCAAUCGAAUUUUCUCCAGACAUUACUCAACAUUAGUAGACACGUUUUCCAGGUUAUUUAGAAAGGCGAUUUUCAAUUUUCAGUAUUAAAGGCCUCCACGGCUAAGAUAUUAUUUUUGUAAAUUCUGUGAAAUAACCGCAUUAUAUUUGUGUGUAUUUUGGACGCGCCAAAUUUUAAACCGAAAAAUCGACUAUCUUAAACUAGACAAUUUAUCAGAAUAAAUACUUAAAAAGUUCAAAUCGGACAUUAAAAAAUAUAUUUCUGAUCUUCCACCGCUAAUACUGGUUUAAAUUGUAGACUCUUAAAACGUCACAUCAUGCAUCCAUAAAAACGGCCCUAUCCCUUCUCCUUAAAUGGUUAUAGAACACGCGAUUAGUGGAAAAAGAAAAGUGUUAUCAUUAAAGUGGUCAUUGAAAAGUAAAAAAUAAUUUUCGAAUUUUACAAAAGAGUAAAACAUUUUGUAAGCCCGUUUCCAACUCCCUCAAUACAGAAGGUAACAUUUAUAUUUUUCCCGAUACUUUUGAACACUGUUAGCGGUACUUUCGGGAACAAAUUAGUUUAAUCUCGGGAGUUAUAAUUGUUUUGUAAGCGGAUUGAAGUGAUAAAAGUUUGGUGAAAUUUCAAUACGGAUUUCGCCGUGUUGUUGCUGGAGUAGGGUGUCCUUCAGCAUCACAACACUCAUCUACAGACUCCCCGAGUUGAGUCAGAAGGAUGCAUGACGUUAAUUAUCAAAGACGUGCCUUUUGUGGAUUUCAUCUUUCAACCCACGCCCCUAACAUUUUGUUUGUUUUCAUAAAUAGUAUGAGUAUUCGCUUAUUCAUUAUAUUGAAAUAAUAUUUCUGUGUACCUGAUACAAUGUAACCGAGGUCGGAGCUCAAUUGCUUAAGGGGGCGCAUUGCUUUUUAACGCUUUCGUAAUGACUGAAAAAAAAAAAAAUUCACGGAUUACGACUUAACGAAGACGUGUUUUUCUUCUUUUUUUAUAUACGAGGUUUGUAAAUAAAGUAAUAAGACUGAUUUUUUAAAAUUUUUUUAUUAAACUAAAAUGACUACUUUACAUUGUCUCCUUCAAAGUAGUUACCCUGAGAAUCCACACAGCGCUGGAGUCGAUGUUUCCAUUGUUUAUAGCAGUUCUGGAACUCAGUUACUGGAAUAGCUUUCAGUUCAUCGGUCACAGAUGAUUGAAUAUUUUCUAGUGUCCCAAAAUGUCGUCCUUUAAGGUGAAUCUUUAUUCGUGGAAAGAGAAAAAAGUCACAAGGGCUCAAGUUGGGUGAAUAAGGGGGUUGAGGGGCCACAGGAAUAUUUUUGGUUGCCAAAAACUGGUUGAUUGAAAUGGCUGUGUGACAAGGCGCAUUGUCAUGAUGCAGCACCCAGGUGUUUUUGAUGUUUGGUCUCACACGAAUCAUUGGUCAAAAUGUGAUGAACGGUGGUGUGAGUCAAUCCUAACUGUUCUCCGAUCAUUCUGACGGUCAACCGACGAUCGGAUCGGACAAGAUCUCGAACUCUGAUGACGUUUUCAUCAGUUUUUGCAGUUGAAGGUCUUCCACUGCGAGGUUCAUCUUCAAUCGCCUCUCUGCCUUCAGAAAAUGCCUUAAACCACCUAAAAACCUGAGCCCUUAAAAGUACACUUUCUCCAUAUACUUGUUGGAGCUUUUGAAAAGUUUCUGACGCACUGUGUCCAAGUUUGAAACAAAAUCGGAUAGCACACCGCUGCUCAAAAUUGUUGUCACUCAUUUUCAGAACGUACUAAAAAAAAUCGGUUUACGAAAAUAAUUGUCACAGACCAACACGCGACACUACGGAGUUUAAAUUCGUACUGAAGGUACAUUAAAUGUUUACCUACAAACCUUUUCAAACGGAAAGUCAUUAGUGUUAUCAUAUAACAAGCUACGAUAUCAGUCUCAUUACUUUAUUUACAGACCUCGUAUAUAUAUAUAUAUAUAUAUUAAUUAUUUUUUUUUUUUGCCAGGGCGCAGACGGCACGCUUACCGGAAGGUCUUCCCGAUCAUAGUCGGCACGUACAUGAUAAUGUCGGCCGUACUGAUACCGAUGGGUUUUAUGUUCAUGUCCACGCUCGGCGGCAAAGCGCUGUUGGUCAGCAAAAUGGCGCUCAUGAUAUCGCUGAUGAGCAACAUCAAAAAGAUGUUCUCGUACGAGUAUUACGUGCCGCCCGCGCCGCCCGCCGGGCCGCAGCACUGGAAGAGAACGCUGCUGGCGCACCGCACAACCGCCGGUCCGCUGUACUCGUCCUACACCGCGUACUGA